UAAGCUUUGAGAUCGGCAAGAGAAAGCAGCUCGUUUUAAAGCAUGUCUGGUCGCGGCAAGCAAGGGGGCAAAGCGAGAGCCAAGGCCAAGUCUCGUUCUUCCCGUGCCGGACUCCAGUUCCCGGUCGGUCGCGUCCACCGCCUGUUGCGCAAAGGUAACUACGCCGAGCGGGUGGGCGCCGGCGCUCCCGUCUACCUGGCGGCGGUGCUGGAAUAUCUGACGGCGGAAAUCCUGGAGUUGGCCGGCAACGCUGCUCGGGAUAACAAGAAGACCCGUAUUAUCCCCCGUCACCUGCAGCUGGCCAUUCGCAACGACGAAGAGCUCAACAAACUCCUGGGCAAAGUGACGAUCGCUCAAGGGGGCGUGUUGCCCAAUAUCCAAGCGGUCCUCUUGCCCAAGAAGGCGGAAAGCCAUAAAGGCAAGUGAACUGCUGUUGCCCGACUGGGCAAGUGCUUCGGAACUCAACCCAAAGGCUCUUAUUAGAGCCACCUACAUCCUUUAAGAAAGAGUUGGCCGUCUCUUACUCUCCUAGAAGUAACAUCUUUUUAUUUGCUUGCUCCAGCAUUUCAAAUAAUCGUCAAGUCGUCAACCGGCUUUUAAUAAUGGGAUGAUCGUGGGUUGUUUGUUUUUUAAAGUGUGUCUCCGAAGAUUGAUUUGUAUCUGGUCUGCAGGAGUUAUAAUCUAUCCAAAUUGUAGCCCUUUGUUCCUCAAAGUGGGAUUAAUUAGAGGGGGGAACUCCUAAAGGGAAAUUAUGCAUGACUGAAGGCCGACUUGAAUCUGGGUCACCGAGGGAUUUAAGUGUUGUUAGGUAGAACUGAUUCUUUAACUAAGCAGCUUUUUAAACCUUUUUGAUUUCUUUUGAGGAUGGGGAAGGCUGAAAAAUUUCAGUAACUGGAGGCAACAUUACCAGCCACUAAUAUGGCUCAAAGCUCUGGAAAUCGGGUGUCCAAAAUGUGGGAGAAACAUGUAUGUACAUUCAACAAGAUCAAGACAUACACAGUCCAAACAGGAAAACAUAAAACGAUCCUUCAGUUAAUUCGGUAUGUCUCCAAAGCAGCUCUUGAGUUCAGAAAAACAAGAGUGGUGGUUAUUCUCCAUGGGGAAAAGUUAAGUGGGUGUCUUCGUUUUGUCAUCAGGCCACUGAUCUGAAAAACAACCAUUACAAAGUCCCCCAAGGUGUU